UUUAGGCUACGUUUCCUCUCUUGUUUUGUCAAGUCCGGAACCAGGAGAAGCAAGCCACCAGAAAGGAAAACCAAUAGCCCAUGGCAGAAGGAAGCGGAGGAGAGUCCUCAUGGAUGUCCAAGAUGAAGAAGGGAGGGAUUUCAUUUGUGACCUCCCUUAAGGAAGGUUGGAGAUACGCAAAGGCUACUCUCACAGGCAAGGUGAAGAAACUGACGGCCAAAAAUGAGAAGGAAGCUAGUGAAGCAGACCUGCAGGCAGCUAAGAUGCAGGUGGAAGCAGCAGAUGAAGCAGAGAACCAGAAAAAACAACUGCAAAUGUAGCAGAGAGUGCCUUUCCUUGGAUAAACCAACAUAUGCUUAGUACUUUGCUUUUCCUAGAUGUACACACUCUAAUGCAUGCUAUGCUGCAAUUUUUGGAAGUAUGGAUGAUGAUAUGUGCACAAUAGCUUUCUCAUAUUAUCAACUCGCAUGUAACUUUUUCCUGCUCACAGUCAAAACGAGAAAACUUGAUAGGAUGAACAAUUCCAUGACAAAAGAAAAUCCUAAUAUUUCAUAAAAGCAAGUUGACAACUCAGAAAAACAAAAGGGAGAAAAAUAUAAUAGUAUAGCCUGUCAGGCAUGGACCCAUACAAGUAGUUGAAUACAUCAAGAAUCUUAAUAUUCUGGUUUGAAAAGAAAAAGAUGGUAGAGAUGUCAAAUUUGCAGAGGUUUAUGCUUCCACAGAGCUGG